GGUAGUUAUUGGUCACUCAACUCUUGCUUAUCUAUUUCAACAUUCUGGUGAAGGGGCUAGCUGUAAAUAGGCGACUCACACGAGCUAUUCGGUUGUUCCGUGGCAGUGGUCGAAUCGUUCUUCUGUAACAGUAGUUUAUUCGGACCCAAACGGCUUGAGGGAAUUCAACGAGCGUAUUUUGUUUGUUGGCGGUUUUUUUUUGAGUGUUCGUAGUUAUUCAUUGAACGUGCCCUGCAAAGUACAAACUUUAUCCGCAGACAACCGGUAGUUAACGUUAGAUGGACGACGGUGAGCAAGUCGUAUCAUCCACAACCGAAGACGAAAUGAGUAGAUACAGUCAAUACGGUAAUCAUUAUGGCAACAACGAGGCCACAGCUACAUUUGGCGAUGAUGAUGAUAUUGUAGACUUAGUUGGCGGAGCACAUGAUGCUAUUGAGAGACACAAGGCUUCGUACCCCGAGGAUAUAAUCAAAUUUACGAAGGACGAGGAAGCGCUACUGACCACCACCACAGAGCGUGCCACGGGACAACAGACACACGACGAGGUGAUUCCAGAUUCCACCCCAUCAGAGGAAGAGUUGGCAGAAAUAAUUCCAGCACCAGUGAUUCGCAAUUGUUUGGAUGCAGACGCUUUGCCAGAACUCAUCAGACCAUAUCCCCCGGCAAAAGCAGCUCCAGAAGAAGCACGUCCACUACUAGAAGCAGCUCCAGAGAAGGAAGCGAUUGCUGCUCCUCCAGCACCAUCCCAUGACAAUUUUCUUCCUGCUGCGCUUCAACCUCUGAUGCAAUUCCCAAAAGAACUUGGGCAGAAGGGUGAUUCCCCUGCUCCCAUCUCCCCUCUCUCUCGCCUUCACUCUCCUGACUCUCUGGAAGACCUCUCUUUGUCAGAGAGUCCAAAUCCAACAUCUGCUCCAUUGGGCUUCUCUUCUUGGCCUUCUACUGAGCCCCCCAAAAUACUGACCAAGGAUAUGCCUUGGAAUGAAGAGGGUAACACCAGAUUAGGAUUUAGUAAGAGUGAUGAGGAUAUUGUGACAGGGUUAGAAACUGCUACCUACAUUCAAAGUAAACAUAAAAAAAAUUGCCCCGAGAGCGAUGUAGGGUCCAAGUCUCUGUGUGGAGACAGUGGCGUGGUCUCUCCUGAAGAGCAGCUUUGUAGCCCAGUCAGGUCUACUACUCCUUCCCAGUCCCCCAAUAAUCCCCUGAUGACUCCUGACUCUGACAUUGCACCUGCCUCCUCUAACCCAACAGAGCACUGGGAUUCUCCACUCUUAGCUUCUCAAGACAACCCCAGGGCCUCCAUGGAUACGUUUCCCAAAGACUCAGCAUCCAGAGGCUCCUCUGGGUAUGAGCCAGAUAUGCUUGGCCAAUCAGAUGAUGACUUAAUGUUUGAGGUGAAGAAGAAUCCUUUCCAGGGCUUCUCCCCUGUAGCAGAUGCUGGGUUCUCCCAUCUUGGGGAUAUGACCUCUGACAGCCAGGCAGCUAAAAUGUCUGAGAGUCCCACCCCAGACCUGGUCCAGUAUGGCCGGGCUGAAGACUCACAAGAUGGCAGCCCUCCAUCAUAUUACGAUGAAACAAAAACAUAUGAGUCUGUCAAGAUGGCUGCGGACUCUCUCAUGGAGCCACUCAAUCAGUUCUCAACCACCCCAAAAGAGAGCGAGGACUCUACACUUACAUCUCUUCCAGAUAUCUUAAAGCCCUUCCCUCUGAACCCUGACAAAGUGGACUCAGGCUCUUCUGAAGGAAGCACUGAGCCGAGCCCUGCUCCUAUCCGGAAGAUAGUUGAGUCACCCACUGUCCCUGUCCCUCUGUCAGCCACAAAUCCCUUUGCUUUCGAUUCCAAAGCUUUACUGCUGAAGGAGCUGACUGAGGAGACUGAAGCAAGACUAGCUGUGAAGACUGAAGAUGAAGGCUUUAGUGCCUUUGACCUCGUAAAGGAGGCGGAGCCUACACCCCAUAGCAAAGCACCUGUCCAGAUAGAACAAAAAGAUUGGAUGUUGUCCAGUCAAGAUUCACCUCAAAUUGUGAACAAAUUAGAGCCUCUUAAUUUCCAGACAAAGACCCCUGAAGAUUCUGAUUCUGAGAGUCCGUCAGCAGACUCCCUGUCCCCUGUUCUGGAGGCAAUGGCCAAGAAUCCUGCAAGUUUCCAGGUGGAGUCUGAGAAGAAUGACAUGAAAGUGGAAGAGGCAGAGGCAGCAGAGGAUAUGUCUGAGCCGGAAGUGUCCUCUGAAGAGUUUGAGUUCAUCGAGAGGCCCCUCAGGGGUGUAAUCGAUGAGUUUCUAGAAGCAUUAGAUAGCUCCAAGUUUGCUAAGGCAACAGAGUUUAGCAUGGAUGAAGAUGACAUGCGCUUUGGGCUGAUGGAUGUGGAGUCUGCAAAUAUAGUCCCAGAAGUUCAGGAAGAAUCUCCUAGUCAGCGCUCUUACCUCCUAGUCACCCAGAAGGUCAAGUCAGACCUGGAGAAGGAUGAUACCAAAGGUCCCGCCUCAAAGGCCCCUCUCAUCCACUCGCCUGUUCGCAAACCGGAGUUGCUCUCUAAGGACACAGAGGGCCCCGGAAUGGAUCAGAUGCCCAACCUGAGUGCUGAAGCAGUGGUAGAGCUCCUGUACUGGCGUGAUGUCAAGACUUCUGGCGUGGUGUUUGGCGCUGGCCUCUCUCUGCUGCUCUCCCUGACACUUUGCAGCAUCGUCAGCGUCUCAUCCUACAUCACUCUGGUGCUCCUCUCCGUCACCAUUUGCUUCAGGAUAUACAAGGGGAUCCUGCAGGCCAUCCAGAAGUCUGAUGAAGGGCACCCAUUCAAGCUGUACCUGGAUCAGGAUGUGGGUCUGUCAGAGGAAACCGUCCAUAAGUACAGCGACUGUGCUCUGGCACGGUUCAACACAACAGUCAUAGAGCUGCGUCGCCUCUUUCUUGUUGAAGACCUGGUGGAUUCCCUCAAGUUUGCUGUGCUGAUGUGGAUUCUCACCUAUGUUGGUGCCUUGUUCAACGGACUCACACUCCUUAUUCUAGGUCUGGUUGGAAUGUUCAGCUUCCCCAUCAUCUAUGAGAAGUACAAGGUACAGAUUGACCAUUAUGUGGGGAUGGCCAACAAGCAGGUCAAAGACAUUAUUGCAACGGUCCAGGCCAAAGUCCCUGGACUGAAGCGUGUGAAGGCUGACUGAAGAAAGAAAUGCCGGUCAGUCCCUGAAGUCCUUUGAGAGGGUGGGUGGCACUGGGUGAGGGUGGUGUGUAAGGUGGUAUGCAGCACUGUUAUUUUCACAAUCUCUUCAUUUCAGAAUUCCUUGUGUUCCCUGAAACACCCUGGAUUAUCAGUAUUCUAUAGCUCAAGUAUUGCCACCUUUUGAUUAACUAAUUUGACCAUACCAUGCUAUCUGGCUCAAAAAGCUAGUUGGAAUAUGUAAAAUAUAUAUAUUUUAAUCUUGCACUUGGACAUGACCAGUGAUGGAUGUUGAAAGGAAAUUGUGUUCCAUGGGCUGGUUCAUUUGUUCUUUGACGCAGUGUUCAGACAAUUGGAAUUGCUUUGUCUCUUCUUUUUUUUUUUGUAAGAGGGAGAACUUUGGAAACCUGAGUUUUUUUGGUAUGAUUAAGUUGGUGGUGGUUGUGAUUUUACUGUUUUAUUGAUUGACUGUAGUUUCAAAGCUUCUAGCUCUCUUCAGUGACUCUUGAGUGUGCUUGACAUGUGUGUCAUUGUGCUUGGCGAUGGUCUAAUACCAGCAGGGCGCUAUUCCAUAGCACUUCAUGCUUCUGAGUAUUUCUAGUUAGAAACAUUUAGAACUUUAAAAAAGUUAAAGCAUUUAAUGAUCAUUUCACCUCAUGCAGCUGCCUAGUUAAACUCUAACACGUUUACCUACAACUUAAGACGAAAAAAAUGAAACACUGUCUGUGGACCCUAUCUAAAGCUGCAAAAUUAUGUUACUUGGUAACUUCAAGCAUUGUUUAUGCAAGUAAUUGUGAAUGUUACUUCAUACAAUUGUAAUGAACUCUUCUGUUUGUGGAAUGCAUUGUGAAAUAUAAACAAUUACAAUAAAGCUUC